CCGCCUCCGCGCAAAAUGGCGGCCGGAGCCGGGCCCCUCGGAAGCGGCGGGGGCUGCGGCAGCCUCUCCUCCAACGCACCGCCGCCGUCGCCCCCUCAGGCCGGCAACGGGCCGCCCCCGCCGCUCCCCGCUUCGCCUGCGGCCGCGCCGCCGCCACCGCCGCCGCCCUCGUCCUCCUGCUCCAACAGUAGCGACGGGCCUCUGCUGCUGCUCCCGCCGCCUCAGGCAGCGCUGCCGUCCCCGCCUCUCUCCGUUGCUUCGCCUCAGGCCUCCUCCUCCACCUCCGGGCCUACGCAUAACCACGGAGCGGGAGAAAGGGGCAGCAACCCGCUGCCGGUGGCGGCCAGCGGGGCUGCGGCGGCGGCCGCUGCUUCGCUUUCGGGCCCGGCCUCCUCUUCGCCUUCGCCGCCACCACUCGGGCGGCGGGAGACGGCCUACAACUGGCAGGCGACGAAGCCGACGGUGCAGGAGCGCUUCGCCUUUCUCUUCAACAACGAGGUGCUCAGCGACGUCCACUUCUUGGUGGGCAAAGGCCGCGCCGGCGCCCAGCGCAUCCCCGCCCACAGGUUUGUGCUGGCUGUGGGCAGCGCGGUCUUUGAUGCCAUGUUCAAUGGCGGGAUGGCUACAACCUCCACGGAGAUAGAAUUACCUGAUGUAGAGCCUGCUGCUUUCUUAGCUUUGCUGAAAUUUCUUUAUUCAGAUGAAGUUCAUAUUGGGCCAGAGACUGUGAUGACGACUCUUUACACUGCAAAAAAAUAUGCAGUCCCUGCCCUUGAGGCUCACUGUGUGGAGUUUCUGAAGAAAAACCUCAGAGCAGAUAAUGCAUUCAUGCUUUUAACCCAGGCAAGACUCUUCGAUGAACCCCAGUUGGCCAGCCUUUGCCUGGAAAACAUAGAUAAAAACACCUCAGAUGCCAUCAAUGCAGAAGGCUUCACUGAUAUUGACCUGGACACCUUGGUCGCAGUGUUGGAGCGAGACAGCCUGGGCAUCCGGGAGGUGCGCCUCUUCAACGCAGUGGUCAGGUGGUCAGAGGCUGAAUGCCAGCGGCAACAGUGGCAGCUGAUACCAGAAAACAAGCGGAAAGCUUUGGGCAAAGCUCUUUCCCUCAUUCGCUUCCCCUUGAUGACAAUCGAGGAAUUUGCUGCAGGGCCAGCUCAGUCGGGGAUCCUCACUGACCGUGAGGUGGUUAGCCUGUUCCUUCAUUUCACUGUCAACCCCAAGCCACGGGUAGAAUUCAUCGACCGCCCUCGUUGCUGCCUGAGAGGGAAAGAGUGCAGCAUCAACCGUUUUCAGCAGGUGGAAAGCCGCUGGGGAUACAGUGGGACCAGUGACCGGAUCAGGUUCUCUGUCAACAAGCGGAUAUUUAUAGUUGGAUUUGGGUUGUAUGGCUCGAUCCAUGGCCCCACAGAUUACCAAGUAAAUAUACAGAUAAUUCACACAGACAGCAACACCGUCCUGGGCCAGAACGACACUGGAUUUAGCUGUGACGGAUCCUCCAAUACUUUCCGGGUGAUGUUUAAGGAGCCUGUGGAGAUCCUGCCUACUGUCAGCUACACAGCUUGUGCCACGCUGAAGGGACCCGACUCUCAUUAUGGAACCAGAGGAUUGCGGAAGGUGGUCCACGAGUCACCAACCACGGGGACAAAGACCUCUUUUACUUUCUGCUAUGCCGCCGGCAACAACAACGGCACCUCGGUGGAAGAUGGACAGAUCCCAGAGAUCAUCUUCUACACAUAGCAGGCACUGCUGGGGAUUCGCCAUCCGACGGGCUCGGCACUCCCUUCCCACCCCCUUCACCACCUGAGACCGCCAGCUUGUUCUGCCCCAGUGAUAGGAUGGCCUCCCGUCGGCAGACUCGGAUUGGGCAAGCACUCCCAGAUUGCACGCGCUGUACAUCCAGAUGCAUGUCGGCCUUGCUGGACUGAGGCUGGCAAUCUUUCCCGUUUGUGUUGGCAAUCUGGCUGGGUGAUUUCCUUGCACUGAAUGUAGCUGCUUUUACAUCUAGUUGUUCUCGUGGAGGAAAGCUUAUUCUCAUGAGAAGAGUCCCCCCGCCACCAAAGAGAUUCCCCCUCCCCACAUUUCAGGCAGGCAGGAGACUAGGCAUGGCAUGAGUGGUGAAGGCAUCUUAGAUGGUUGCUUUAUCAGUGGAGUGGUAGGGCUUUAUUCCCAUUGCCCUUGUCCCCUCCCAGUUGUCUAGCAGGACAGAUGACUUGUUCUCUUUGGGGUAAUUGUGUUCACAGCCUGAAGGUGGGGUGGGUGGGUGAGCCUUUUGCAUGACAAGCAGCAUUUCGAGACAAUCCUUGACCCUGAGAAAAUAGCAGAGCUUAAAUAGGCCGAUUGACUGACUUUCCAGUUCAGUGUUUCUCAAACAUGGCCCUUUUAAGAGGUUUGGAUUUCCAAUUCUGGGAGCCGUGUUUGAGAAAUGCUGUUCCAGUGUGUUUCAAGGGACAGUAAAGUGGGAAUUUACUUUACUGACCUGAUCUGAGUCGAUAUGGUCAGAUUGGGACCCCGAUCAUAUCCAGAGGAAGCUCGGUGAGGAUAAUACUAUAAUAAUAUACUUGGCGGAUGAUAUCAGGAAAGGCUGCGUUAAGGACGACUUUUCUUCCUACUUGUGUGAGGUUGCUGAAGAGUCAGCAGCGGAUGGUGGGUCUCCCUUAAAACAGCCUUGGCUACGAGCAGUUUGCAACUACAUUUACUUGAUCAUUGUAAUUAAGAGAAACACCUAAAUUUCUGGCCUUUUGUCCUCAGAAAGUUUCUUCUGCUGCUGCUAAUAUAGUGCAACUUAACAAUGCAUUUUUGAUUGUUACCCUAGUGACAGGCUGGUGCUGUGGUUAGUUUGUGUUUGUGUGUGUGUGUGUGUGUGUGUGUGUGUGUGAGUAUGUGUAUUUCCCCUUAAACAGGGAGAUAACUCCCUGUCUCUUAAGCCAUUUUUUGCAGAAAUCUAAUUGAGAGAGAGAGAGAGAGAGAGAUGGAUGUCAGGAAUUUUUUCAGGAGGUAAAAUGCCUUUUUACGUUCACGAAUUCUUAAGCUAGAAUAUGGUUCUUAUGGGGUGGGCAGAAAAAGCAUGUUAUUUUUUUUUUUACUAUUGUUCAGAUGCAUUUAGGAUGGGUAUAGGCAACCCCAGCUGUGCUUUGACUGAACAUAAUGUGGACCAAGGAUAUGUGGCAGUCCCUUGACUAAAAGGACUUUGAUGACUCUUGGCCAGGUGUUGCUCACUAGUGGUUGGUUCCUUUUUCCAUUAGUAAGUCACAGCUGUCAGUGUGCUAUGGAUGCUACUUUCCCACAUUUGUUGCUUUGGGAAAAUUGCAACAUGAAGCAAUCAAUCCUAGAAAGUAUUUGAGGGCGCUAUUCAGAUAAGCAUUCCCCCCCCUCCCAAUCUAAAAAAUGCGAUGGGGUGGGGUACCAGGUCAGCUUUUGAUUCUGGUGGGAGGGUAAAACUAAAUCCCACUGUGAUGAUCUAGAGAUUCAUUUAUCUAUUGUUACUGCAAAAUUGUCCACAUGCACAAUUGUUUUGGGUCAAGGAUUUGGUGUGAUUCUCCACACCCUCAUCGUACACACGCCCUUCUCCAGAGUAAGUAAUAAAUAAAGCAAGAAAGCAGUUCAAUUCUCUGAGAAUUAGUUCCUCCUACAAAGUAUCUCUGCAGUUCCCCUACGAUAAUCAGAUGUGAUGUGGUACAUUUUGUUUCUCAGUGGAAAUUCACUGACUUGCUGGUGUCUUCUUGAGGUGCUGGACUGCAACUUCCAUCAUUCUCCAGCCAGCAAUCUGGCCAUUACUUUGGGAAGCCUGCUUUCAAAUAUGACCCCUUGACUUUAUCCUGAUGGCAUUAAGACCUAGUUUGGUUUCACCAAAGUUGAGUCCAUCUUCCUUUGAUUCUAACAGAGUAUUUGACCACAAAAAGUCUUCAAUCGGGACAGAAUCUUUAAUCAGGAAACAAGGGUUGCCCUGGAUUUUUUUUUCCCUUUUGGUUUGCCACGGUCAGUAGGUGUGUUUACCUUUGAAACUACUUGUCUGGAAAUACAUAUUAUUCCACAGAGGUCCUAGAGCCUUAUGUCACACAAGUCUGUUUUUGAAUCUCCCUUGUAUAUUGUUAAUCACUGUAUAAUGUGUGUACAUUUCUAUUCCGGCCAGUAUAUAGAAUGGAAUCAUUCUCCUGUUACUAGCUCUCCCAUCAGCAGACAGUAGAGAAAAUAUGCACAUCCAUGAUUUUUAUCAAGAGGCUUAUUCAAUAUCCAAUAUCCACACAUUAGUUCAUAGUUCAUUUUAUAGCUUGCUUUCCUACGGGGAUUCUCAACAUCCCCACAUCUUCUCCUUCACCAGCUUUCAUUUUUCAGAGAACUCUUUUCUCAGCGAUGCGCUAAUCUGUUUUUCUGUAGACGAAAAAUAAUCAUUGAAUAGGUUUCUAAAAACGCCUACUUAAAAAUAGUUUAAAGGUAGUUUGUAACUCUGACGGCAGGCUACUUUAGGUUGGAUGGCUGAAAGCAUUUCAGUCAUCCUUUGAAAUCCCUUUUGGGUGUGUGUAGGUUCUCUGUUGUAUAAAAUACGGUUUUUAUUAAAAUGUCACCAACUGAAAGGGAAGUUCAGUUGAAGUUCUUGGAGUGUGACGCAAAUUCUAGCAUUUGCAAAUGAAUCUUGGUGUUGCCAAGAGCAAAUAUCCAAUAGUGUCAACGACUGCUCAUGCGAUGCUAUAACAAUAACUGUACCAGAAACUGUAUUAUUCAGCGUUUCACCACCUCCUUCCUUUCUGUUUGUAAAUAGCAAGUGAAUAAAGGCAGCAAAGUUGUCUUUAA